GGUUCCUGCAUAAGACGGAUAAGUUCUGAGGGUAGAGUCUAAUUGUGGGGGGGGGCUUAAUAUGAGUGGACACCUCCCCAAGAGCUGAGCUGUAUGACCAUCGCGCUUUACUGAACAGACCACGUAGAAAAAUGCGCCCGCGAUUUUUGCCUGGUCCACUCGUCAAACAAAAAUCUACUAUACAUCGAGUCGAACACGGGGCAGGUGAGACUAUUGGAUAUACAUGGUCAUAAAAGGGGCGGUGAAUCCGGGCGAUAUUUCAUGGAUCCCUUGGGGCAACCUGAGCCCUUCAGCCCAGCCGAUUCAUCUGCAUGGUCAUGACUUCGCCGUGCUAGAACAAUCGGAGUCCCCGUACCAAGGACCCAAAUCUCUCAAUCUCACGCUAAAUAUAAUCCUCCCCGUCGCGAUGUCACUCUACUUCCUGGUAAUGGUUACGUCGCCAUUGCGUUCAAAAUUGACAAACCCGGUGCUUGGCUACUUCAUUACCAUAUAGCGUGGCAUGUGUCGUUGGGCUUUGCACUUCAGGUUUUAGGACAGAAAGAGGCUUUUUGUCAGAUUUUGGGCAGGCAGAAAUGGGAGAUGGCUCAGUCAAAUAAGACUUGCGAUGACUGGAACUAUUGGUUUCAUAACAAGACAGACGAGCGCUGGAAAC